AUGUCGGCGGCGAAGCACGCGGACGUGCUCUUCGUGAAGCUGAAGCCGGACGGGGACAGCGACCUCGCGAAGUACGUCGUUGCGGAGAACAUCCCGCACGUCACCUUCAGGAAUUUCUCCCAGGCGCUGGGCGUCGUGCGCUCCGUCGUGAGCGGGGAGAAGAAAUACCACGACGAAUCGUUUGGAUUCCGCAGACCACGCGAAUUUGUGCUCCCCGAUUACUCUGAAAUACAGCUCAAGAACCGUGCCGAGAACGCGCCCCUGCUCCGCUACGCCGACUCUCUACGCACGCACGGCCACCGCGCGGCGCGCAUCGACCCGCUCGACCUCCUCCAGCGCGAAGAGAUCGCCGCGCUCAGCCCCGCGCGCUACGGGCUCGUCGACGGCGCAAAGCAGUACAACGUGAACGGCAUCCUCUGGGCGAAGCCUGUCGGCGAGGACGCCGACACAGAAGACUGGUGGUCCUUGCGCGACAUCGAGGCGCACCUCCGUGCGGUCUAUGUCGGGCGCAUCGCGUACGAGUACAUGAACUCGCCAUCCAAGACGGAGCGCAUGUGGUUCGCGCAUAUGCUCGAGUCUCAGGGCGCCGCCGCGCGCGCGGCGGACGACGCGCAGAAGAAGCGCAUACAUGAGCUCUUGGCGCGGAGCGAAACGUUCGAUCAGUUCUUGCAGCUCAAGUUCCCCAAUUUGAAGCGGUAUGGGCUGGAGGGCGGCGAGUCGAUGAUCACGGCGUUAGAUACCUUGUUCUCGGUCGCCGCAAAAGCCGGGAUGCAGCACGUCAUCCUGGGCAUGCCCCACCGCGGACGACUGAACUUGCUCACCGGCCUCCUGCAAUUCCCCCCUUCCGCGCUGUUCCACAAGAUCAGAGGCGGGUUCGAGAUCCCCGAAGAGCUCGGCGCCGUCGGCGACGUGAUCAGCCACCUGGUGUCGUCUCCCAGCCUCAUCUACGAGGGUGCGGACCCCAUCAAGGUCUCCCUACUGCCCAAUCCGUCCCACCUCGAAGCCGUGAACCCCGUCGCGCUCGGAAAGACGCGCGCGAAGCAGUAUUCGCUGCUGAAGACGUCUCCGGAUGACUGUAUGCUCGGUGACAAGGUCAUGUGUGUGCAGCUGCACGGUGAUGCAAGCUUUGCGGGGCAGGGUGUCAUCAUGGAAGGACUGGGACUGAGUAACCUGCCACACUACACCAGUGGUGGGAGUGUGCAUAUUGUGGUCAACAUCGGGUACACGACGCCUGCCUCGGGUGCUCGGUCGUCCCUGUAUUGCUCGGACAUCGCCAAGAUGAUCCAUGCACCGGUCCUGCACGUGAACGGAGACUACCCGGAAGAUGUUGCUAGAGCUGUGGACAUCGCUUUCAAGUACAGAAAUCAUUUCCGCAAGGAUAUCAUCAUCGACUUGCUUGUAUACCGGCGCUGGGGACACAAUGAACUGGAUGAGCCGGCGUUCACUCAGCCGCUCAUGUACGAACAGAUUCGGUCCCGCAAGUCCGUUCCCACCCUCUACGAAGAGAAGCUUGUCGCCGAUGACGUCCUCACCGACGCCGACGCCAAAUCCGUCCGUGCGUCCUAUAAAGCUGAGCUCGAGGCCGAGCUCGCAAGAGCGGGCGAGCAUGUCCCGUCCGCGUCGAUGCUGCAGGACCAGUGGAGCGGCAUGGUGUGGCCCGCGAGCCCGGAGGCGGUGCGGAAUCCGCAGACGGGCGUAGCGCGCGAGGUGCUGGAGCAGGUCGGCCGCGCGAGCGUGACGGUUCCAAAUGGAUUUGAGAUUCAUCCGCGCUUGCAGAGGCAUGUGAAGCAUCGGCUGCAGAGCGUCACCGCUGGGAAAGGGUUGGACUGGGCAACCGCCGAGGCCAUGGCUUUCGGCUCGCUGAUGUUGGAAGACUGCGAUAUCCGGAUAUCGGGACAGGACGUCGGACGCGGGACGUUUAGCCAGAGACAUGCCAUGUUCGUGAACCAGAAGACGGAGGACGUGGUCGUGCCCUUGAACGCGGAGCUGAAGUCUGAGGGCAAGCUCGAGCUCGCAAACAGUUCGCUCAGCGAGAUGGCCGUCCUCGGGUUCGAGUUUGGCGUUAGCUGGGAAAAGCCAAACUUACUUCCUAUAUGGGAGGCGCAGUUCGGAGACUUCUUCAAUGGCGCUCAGGUCAUCAUCGACACGUUCAUUUCCUCGGCAGAAACAAAAUGGCUGAAGCAAAGCGGAAUCGUGCUCCUCCUCCCGCACGGACUGGAUGGCGCGGGCCCGGAACACUCAUCGUCCAGGAAUGAGCGGAUGCUGCAGCUCACGAACGACCCGUACGAGCCUGGCGCGUCGCCGAACGUGAACAUGCACGUCGUGUACCCGACGACGCCUGCGCAGUACUUCCACCUCCUGAGGCGCCAGAUCAAGCGCAACUUCCGCAAGCCGCUCGUCGUUUGUGCGCCCAAGGGACUGCUCAGGCUGCCGGCCGCCGCGUCCACACUCGCAGAGCUCGAGCCGGGCACCGCGUUCCAGCCCGUGCUGGCCGACCCGGUGUCCAACGCGACCACCGCGGAGCGCGUCGUGCUCGUCGCGGGCAAGCUCUACUACGACCUCGCGAAAGCGCGCGCGGCGCGCGGGCUCGACGCGCGCGUCGCGCUCGUGCGGCUUGAGGAGCUGUGCCCGUUCCCGUUUGCCGCGCUCACCGCUGCGCUGCGCGCGCACGGGGCCGCGCGCGAGGUCGUGUGGGCGCAGGAGGAGCCGCGGAACCAGGGCGCGUACGCGCACGUGGCGGCGCGCGUCGGGGCGGUGAUGGAGGCGUGCGGGCGGGGCGCCGGGGAGCGCGUGCGGUACGUCGGGAGGCGGGAGGAGGCGGUGCCGGCGCCGGGGGUGGGGGCGCUGUAUAAGGCGCAGCAGGAGGCGGUGAUCGAGGGUGUGUUCGAGGGGCUGUGAGACGGCGGGCGUCGCGAUCUGAAACGGGGUUUUUGUUUAUUUCGUGUGUCUCGUUUCUUUCAUUAUUGAUGAGGCGGAUUGCUGCCGUGCAUGCUCGUGUAUUCUCGCUCUGGAGGGAGCGGAAGGUGCUGCUAGCCUGGGUCUCGAGAAAAUGAAUCCCGUAGGGUAGCGUAGGGUGUACAGUAAUCCGAAUCAGGCCCUGUGCUUGUGCGAGGGUCUCGACCGUAGACGACCGUCGUAUUUGUGCAGUGCGUUGUGCGCUGGCAGUGGCGACGAUAAGGUCUAAGGUACGGCGUGCAGGGCCGGCGCCCCCCGUCGAAUGUUCUGUUUCUGGAAGGCGGGGAUCAGAGCGUGCCGGGUGUUCUGGAGAGCGUUUUGUGGUAGUAGGGGAGUUCUGGAGUUCUGGAGUUCUGGAAAUUCGUGAGGGGGGUUAUCUGGCGCAGGGGGGGCUCGUGACUUGUGACGCUUGGGGUCAUGGUUCGUGGUCAUUCAAGAUGCGCAUAGAUGGGCGUGGGUGGACGGAGGGUUGUGGGUGGUACAAUGGUGCUGUGGGCACUAUUAGACGGUGCUUACAGCGGAAUGCUGCCUGGCACUGCCUGUUCGAAGAGUUGCUAUGGUGCGCUCGGGGCUCGGUAGGCAGGACGGCGAGGAGAUUGAUGCGGGUGCGAUGCGGUGGGCUUGGUGCGGUGUGUUUGCUGAUAUGUCUCGCGUGGGAUGCUGGGUCAGGAUGAUGCGGGGCAGUGGUGAUCGUUGGGCGGAAGGACUGAGAUGUUGGGUGGUGAUGGAGGGGCUCGUGCGACAGGCGAAGGGCUGGAGAGUGAGCGACGUCAAUACGUGGCGAGGAGUUCAGUGGUCGUGUUGCACCGUAUGCUG